AUGUUGCUCCCUUUCGCGCUGUCUUGUUUGGCCAUCCUUGGCAGCACGACCGCGCAACGCACCAUUCAGUGGUCUUUCGUGCAGAAUGGGACUUCUGGCGUCAUUCCAGUCGAGCUCAUCACCAUUUCGCCCACUCUCAUGUUGAUGUACGACCGCGCGGAUGGUAACCCUCUGCUUUUGCCCAACGGAGAACGCGCAUGGGCCGCAUUCCAAACAGACACAUUCUGCGCUGGCGGGGCCUUUAUUUCGAAUGGCACCCUUGUGAGUGUCGCGGGUCAACCACUUGAACCUGGAGCCCCACCUCCAGGGGAUGGUCGUAUGGGCAUUCGUCUCUUCGGACCUUGCACCUCUCCAACGGGAGCUGGUUGCACAGUAUUUGAAGACCCGGCCAAUAUCCACCUUAAGGUGCUAAGAUGGUAUCCUACGGGUCUACGGCUUCCUGACGGCAGUCUUAUGAUAAUCGGAGGGAGCAAUACCAACACCUUCUAUAAUAAUGCCCCAACCGCGGUUGACUCUAUUGAGUUUUUCCCAAGCAAAGAGGACACUGUGCGACCCAGCCAGUUCCUGCUCGAUGCCCAGCCCGUCAACAUGUUCCCAAGAUCAGUCGUGCUCCCAUCUGGCCACGUCUUUGUUGCAGCCAACAACAUUUCCAUGCUCUACGAUGUGGAGUCUAACACCGAGUUGGCUCGCCUGCCUGAGAUCCCUAACGGUGUCAGAAUCGCCAAUCCAUUUGACGGCUCGCUUCAGCUGCUGCCACUUACUCCUCCGCUUUACGAGCCAACUGUUCUUGUGUGUGGUGGUAGCGCAACAGACGACCGCAGACCCACCAGCAAUCUCACCAACCUCGACCCGACGACCAACCAGUGCUCGCGAAUUACGCUGACUCCGACAGGAAUAGCGCGUGGGUGGCAAGUCGAGCUGAUGCCCGAGCGACGGAUCCUGACCGAAAGCGUGCUUCUCCCAAACGGCGAUGUCAUUUUCAUCAAUGGAGGGCACACGGGGUAUUCUGGUUACCCGAGCGUCAGCAAUGCGAAUGCGACGCUGUCUAAUGCGGCAAAUCCUGCCAUGCGCCCCAUACUUUACAGAACGAGCCUUGCAACGAAUAGGAUUACCCAGGAGGGUCUACCGUCCAGCAACAUCGCGCGAAUGUAUCACUCGGUCGCAAGUAUCACUGCGAAAGGGAAUAUAAUGGUCGCAGGAUCGAAUCCCAAUCCGGCAGUUAUUCCUCCAGGAACCAUUCCAUUCCCCACGGAAUUCCGAGUCGAGUAUUUGAACCCGGAUUUUAUCACAAACAACGCGCCGCGGCCAGUCAUCCAGAGCGCGCCAACACACCUCUUGUUUAACCAACGCGCGACGAUGAAGGUCACCAUUCCGCGAAGUCUGUCGUCGAACACCCUGCAAGUUUCUCUGAUGGACCUGGGCUACGUGACGCAUGCUCAACACGCCAAUUCGCGCCUUGUUGUUCUCGAACAUACCCUUGUUGGCAAUACUCUGACCAUAACCGGCCCUCCUAAUGCGAACAUCUUCCCGCCUGCACCGGCGUGGAUUUUCCUGGUUGCGGAUGGAGUGUGGAGUGAGGGACUUCAGUUGAUGGUGGGCGAUGGCGGCAAUCCACCUCGGCCGGCCAGUGCGCAGGGCAUUAAAAUCCCAACGAACAGUAUUUGA